AUGACAGACGCCGACCUGAAGAUCCCUGACGAGUUCAAGGACCAGCUUAGCUAUGUCGAGGGGCCAGACACUCGCUCAGAUGAAGAAAUACUAUCCACUUUGACACAGUAUGUUCCAGUGAGUUCGGAGAAGAACAUCUGGGCCUUCUGGCAUUCCGGCAUUGUAGCAAUGCCGGCUUGGUGUCAACGGAACGUCAUCGACUGGGUCCGCAUCAACGGUCCCUCUUGGACAAUUCGAGUCCUAGACAACGUGCCAGACUCGCCUAACUACAUCCUGAAACACCUUCCGGCAGAAACACUCCCUAGAAGCUUCAUUGAGCGCACCAUGGACGGUCCGUAUGUCGGGCAACACUCGGCAGAUUUCCUCCGUGGAGCGACCGUGACGCUCUACGGAGGGGUGUUCAUGGAUGUGGGAAACCUGCUUCUGCGGCCCAUCGACAUGAUCUGCUGGAAAGAGCUGGAGGAUCCAAACUCCCCAUUCAACGUAGCUGUACCCUGGAUGUACGGCACAACGAUCGCGCAGCACCUCAUUGCCGCUCGGAAGGGUGAUCCCUUCAUACAACGAUGGCACGAUCUUUUCGUCCACCUGUGGCGAAACCGACAGAACCAUAAGGGACUGAUAGAAGACCCGCUAGUUGCAUUCAGCAAGGAAAUGAAACUCGACGACGCGCGCGCGAGCAACUUCCAUUGGGACUUCAAAGUCCCAUUCCAGACGGUCAUGGAGUACAUCACGCAAGUCCUCGUGUGGACUCGCGUCGCCAUGCUGGAAGACGUCAGCGCCAAUGGCGACGGCUUCAGCGGCGUCGACUACUGGACACGCCACAUCAAACUCAUCGACUGCCUCCCGGAAAGCUGGGGCGCCGAAGCGCUCCUGGGCUUCCCCGGCGCCGGGCAAAAGACCCUCGACCUGCUGGCCCUGCGCCGCGACUUCUCUUUGCUGGAGACGGAUCCCGAGCAACGCGCCGCCCACGACCUGGUGUGGCGUCUCCUCACAAAAUCCAGCUUGCAGAAGAUCACGCACGGGAAACACCUGACGCACGAUCUGCACCUCGGCGCGCUGUGGGAUUUACCUGAGCAUGCUGGGAAAGACCGCGCCAAGGGGACGUACGCCGAGUUGUUGAGAUACGGGUCUGUGCAUUUCGCGCAGACGAGGCGGAGUGUGGUGACGGCGGAGGCGCCGAGACCCGAGUCUACGUUGCGGAAGGCCCUGUUGGAGCCAUGA